CACAGGGAUGACAUACCUGAAUGAAGAUGCUCAUGCCUGCUGAGGCGUUGACCUUUCUAAUCUCGUUAUCUGUGCUGUUCUGCCAGCAUCUAAAGGGGACGGAGAGCUAAUCUCUAUGGGAACAUUUGCUAAUGCCGUUGCAUAACAUUUCAUCUUCACAAAAUCCAAGAGAUCAACUUUACCUAGAUAGCACAUGCAUGUCAGUUGCACAGGUGUAUUAUGUUAGACAUGAAAUCCGCAUUCUGAUCAUAUAAACUCUAAAAACAACUUAUUUGUGCAUAUCUGUUUUAUGGCCCCUUUUUUGAUGUUUGAAUUGAUGUUAGCUGUAUGAAAGGACUGGGGCAGACUCAGAUUAAAGCAGGAUUAGAGGUCAUGGCAUCAUCUUAAGCUUUCGUUUCUUGGACAUGAAAAGAGGCUGAAGAUAAGCAAAGGUGAGGGGUGUGGCCAGAGAUGCCCACACUGACUGAACACUUUACUAAUCGUUGUGACGCUCCCCCUACCACGCUGCCUUGCAUGUGAUUUGCCAUGAGUGUGUAGUCAUCUGAUUUAGAGGACUGAGAAGAGAGCGAGGCCAUGACAACGCUGCUCUGAAGACAUUUUUUAGGGUUCUGUACAGAAAAAAUAACCCCCUUUUUUAAUAUCAUUUGCAAGGGGCUCUGCAGCCAUGGUUUGAUGCAGAAACUUGCCUGCUGCAGAAAUGCCUGGAGGCCAGUACCAGGUGGCGAGCGCCAGGCUCCACCACAGCCUCUACAGCCUGACGGACAGCUCUGAUGCUGGGCCUGAGGAUGAGGAGACAGACAACCUCACUCCCCUGGAGAAGCUCACCAGAGAUAUGUGCAAGGACGAGCAGACCAUCAAGGAGCUGAUCAUAGGGCGCAGAAUUGGAUUCUAUAUGGUCCGCGGGGAGAUCGGCUACGGGACAUUCUCCAGGGUCAAACUGGCUUUCCACGCUCUGACGAGAGACAAAGUGGCUCUGAAGAUCUUGGAUAGGACGAGGCUGGAUGCUGAAGCCCAGCGUCUUCUCUCCAGGGAGAUCAGCAGCAUGGAGGCCCUGCACCACUCAAAUGUGAUCCGUUUGUACGAGGUCGUGGAAACGCCGAGACGCCUCCACCUGGUGCUGGAGUAUGCAGGAGGAGGAGACCUCCACAGCAGGAUAUGCAGCGAGGGAAAAUUGUCAGACAAUGCCAGCAAGAUCACCUUCGCCCAGAUCCUCUCUGCCAUCAAACAUAUGCACAGCAUCAACAUCAUCCACCGGGACCUGAAAGCAGAGAAUGUCCUGUUCACCAUCGACGGCUGCGUGAAGGUGGCUGACUUUGGAUUCAGCACGCAGAUGUCAAACUGCAACAAUGCCCUGGACACCUUCUGUGGCUCGCCGCCCUACGCAGCCCCAGAGCUCUUCAGGGAUGAGUCCUACCUGGGGCCUCCGGUAGAUGUUUGGGCAAUGGGAGUCCUGCUUUUCUUCAUGGUGACCGGCACCAUGCCGUUCCGUGCCGAAACCAUGGGCAAGCUGCGGCGCUGCGUCAUUGAAGGCAAUUACACCAUCCCCCCCUGGGUGCCAGGCCCCUGUCAGAGGCUCAUAAAAGGCAUCUUGAAGCUGGUCCCCAGUGAACGAUAUGCUAUCGACCAGAUGCUGGGUUGUGAUUGGCUCUUACCUGUGGAGUUCCCCUGGUCAUUUCUCCCUUCCGACUCAAUGACCACCCUGCGGAGCCUGAUGGUCUCGGAGAACACCAGCCUGGAAGAGGAAGUGGAGGAGGUCAGAAGCUCGCUGGAGAAGCUUGGCUUUACCGCAGAGCACCUGCAAAACAAUCCGCUGAAAGACAGCCGGAGUCCUGUCACCGGGGUCUACCGCAUCCUGCUUCACCAGGCCCAGAAGAAGAAGGGCUGCGACUCUCCCCCAGUAGUCCGAGGGAUGGUGAGAGACCCCAAGAGGGAGGGGCUCCGGGCCUACAGGGGCCUCAGGCACACCUCCAAGUUAUGUGUGCUUUCAUAAUAAAGCACUGCUUUUGCACAGACUUAUUUUAUACCAACUUGCAACAAACAGGAACAUUUUUAAAUGACUUGUAGCUUUUACAGUUUUUAGCUUUUGAUAAAUUUGUUUCACUCCUCCUAAUGCAACUCAGGUGUCAACCUGCAGCAAUGCCCCAGUCACCUUCUGCACUGUUUGGAAUACCCUAAAUGUUAAAUAAACAUGGAAGUGCCUAAUGAAAUUAAACAAAGGUAGUAAUCAA